UUUUGCAAAGGGCGCCAAAUUCGAUUGCGAAUUAAGUUAAUUUGGUGGACAUUUUCAGCAUCGAAUUAUAACUGAAAUAAGCUAAAAUGAGCAACAGUAAUGCAUCUAAACGAAACUACAACCAACAUUCUAACUCGGACACUGAAAACGACACGGAACGGAUUAACGUGCUUCAGCCUAGGAAGAAAGUUUGCGGCGCAGCCGAGUUCAACACCCUGGAUAAGUUGAGCGACAAACCAAUGUUCAACGAGAGCGAGUUAGAUGGCCUUUUCGACGAUGACGACGACGACACUUUUGGGCUCGACUUGCAGGCCCUCGAGGACGCCGAAAGGUUCACGCUCGACCUUUCCGAAUGGCGUCGAUGCCGGAUCGAGUCCGUCCGGCCGCAUGAGAACCGGACAGUUACACUAAUCGUCAGCGAUAAAGCUACCGGUGCCACCAAGGCCAAGUGUGUCCUCGAACCGCCCUGGACGGGGCUGCAGCUUGUGGAGGGCGCCACCGUGUCGAUCAUGGCAGGGUUCGACCGUUGUGCCCAGAUUUAUCGGGUCAGUAACCAGGACGGCAUGAUCGUAACCGACCCGGACUAUCUCGUGUCGGGAACUUCUGUUGUUGGGGCGUUGUACUGCCAACGGCGAGGCGUCCUGCAAGAACGCUUUCGGGGCGUGGACAAGGACAGCAAAUUGAUGAUGAUCGGAACGAUCGUGCACGAACUGCUGCAGCGUACGCUGCGGAACAAGCUUACCGACAUGUCAGACAUCGUUUCUCUGGGAAACACCUACCUUGCAUCGAACGCAAUGGCCCACAUGCUGUACGGAUGCAGCAUGACCAAAGCGGACGCGAUCAAGGAGAUCGAACCGUUCUACGCCAAAAUUCACAACUUUGUAACGAAACACUUUGCGUCGCAACUUCCGAAGAAACCGUUCUUUCCACCUAGCGGCGAUUCGCAGGUUCAAAUCCACGCCGUUCGCGACAUCGAGGAGAACAUUUGGUGCCACCAGCUCGGCCUAAAAGGCAAGAUCGACGUUACAGUUGAUGCGCGAUGCAACUCCAACCAACCACUGCAAGUGAUGCCACUCGAGUUGAAGACGGGUCGCGCUAGUUUCUCCGCCGAGCACAAGGGCCAGCUCGUGCUGUACGAGAUGAUGAUGAACCUGGUCGGCCACAGGGUGGAGAACGGAAUUCUGCUCUACCUCCGCGAAGGCAAGUGCGCACCCGUUUCGGGCAAUCGCAACAUAAAACGCGACCUCAUCAUGCUUCGCAACGAAGUCGCAAACUUUCUCUCCAAAAGCCUCCCGAACGCGGACAGUGCCGACUUUGACCUCGCCAAAGACACGCUCCAGCUGCCGGAACCGCUGAACAAUGCCCACGUUUGCUCGCGCUGUCCGUACGCGGUUAUUUGUACGGCGCAUCUGCAGCGCGAAGGUCGCGAUCUCCCGGCGGAUCACUCGAUCAAGCUGAUUGCGGACGAAUCGCUUAGUCAUCUGUCCGACCGGCACAUUGACUACUUUAUCCGGUGGGCCGGCUUGACCUACCUCGAGGAUCAGGAGACGAGGAAAAGUUUCAAGCUGAAGCACAUCUGGACGAAGAGCGUUGAGGAGCGGCACAAGAUGGGACGAGCGUUCGGGAACUUACGGCUGAGCGGACGGGUUAUCUGCGCUACCAGCGAAUACUACCAUAACUUCUCCGUAGAUUCGUUGCUGCCGGACGGCACGCAGAGUCAAAAUGCACACGAACGCCUGACCUCCUUCUUCGAAUCCAACCAGUACCUCAUCUGCAGCACCUCGAAGCGCGUGGCCGUCGCCGCAGGCCGGGUCAUCACCGUAGGAAAGCGUGACAUCACCAUGUCCUUCGAGCGAGACCUCAGCCGCCACUACGCGGACGAACAGUUCACGCUGGACAGCUACGAGUCGAACAGCAGCACCACGUUCAAUUUGACGAAUCUGGGUGUGCUGCUGGAAAAUACGGAACGUUCCGCCGCGUUGCGUCGAAUCAUCGUGGACCGGGAGAAGCCUCGCUUUUCCAAGACGAUUUCGCCGGAUAUCGUGACGGCGGCGAAGGAAAUUCUCGGGGGUUUAAACAAGCACCAGCGGGUGGCCAUUUUGUCGGCGGUUGGGACGGAUAGUUAUUGCUUGUUCAAGGGAUUGCCGGGAACGGGUAAGACUCAGACGGUGAUUGCGCUGAUCCGGUUGCUGGUGGCGAUGGGCAAGUCGGUGUUGAUAACCAGCAACACGCACUCGGCGGUGGAUAACGUGCUGAGACGGUUGCAACCGCAUGGGAUCAAGUUUCUGAGGUUGGGGGCGAGCUCGCGCGUUGAUGCAGCGCUGGCGGAGUUUACCGAUGGAAGUGUGACGGAGAAGUGCUCGACGCCGGAAGAGUUGGCGGCGGUGUAUGAUUCGUAUAAAAUCGUUGGAGUCACGUGCUUGGGAGCAGCUCACUCGAUGUUGGUUCAGCGAACCUUCGACUAUUGCAUCGUUGAUGAGGCCACCCAGGUGUUCCAGAGUGCUGUGAUAAGACCGUUGCUGUACGCGGACAAGUUCGUACUCAUCGGAGAUCCCGACCAGUUGCCGCCGGUCAUUCGUUCGCACAAAGCCAAAGACCUCGGCGCUGACGAGAGUCUCUUCUUCCGGUUGGACGCGCCAGAAUCAUGCUGCGAACUUCCAACCCAAUAUCGCAUGAACAAAACCAUCACCGCACUGGCGAACGACCUCUCUUACCGCGGUAAGCUCACGUGCGCAACGGAAGCCGUGGCGUCGGCCACCAUCAAGUACGCGACGGCACCCGCCAUGCAGAAGAAGCACAAGUCGGAAAAGUGGCUGCUGCGGGUGAUCGCAUCCCAGCAGGAAAUGUCCGUCGUGGUGAUCAACACGCUCAACACGUACAAAACCAACCUGGACCAUAUCGUCGAAAGCCAGCGGGAACUGGGCCAGAUGCUGCGGCAGGGUGCCGUAGAGGAGGUUCGGCGAACGGCCAUUUACGAAAACUUCUGCGAAGCGGCCGUCAUUCUGUACACCGUGAUGACGAUGUUUGAGGGCGGCGUGGACAGCAGCUCAAUCGGGAUAAUUGCCCCGUUCCGCGCUCAGGUAGAACUGCUCCGACGGCAGUUUCAACUGCUUAAAAAGUUCUACGAAUCGCAAAAGGACACCAAAGAUCAAGCUGUGGACGUGGAGAUCAACACGGUCGACCAGUUCCAGGGCCGAGACAAAGACGUAAUUUUCUACUCUUGCACGAAAUCCGUCGAUCCGGACCAGCCGGAGGACAAGAAAGCCAGCGAGUACGAAGUUUUGGAAGAUCACAAGCGCCUGACGGUCGCCAUGACUCGAGCCAAGCAGAAGCUCAUCAUCGUGGGCGAUACGAAAUCGCUGGAUAAGUACACCCCCUUCCGGAACCUGUUCAAGCUCAUCCAUCCAGCGACCAAAGUCACGCUGCAGGACCACGCGUUCGGCUUUGAAUGGAGCUGCGUUUUCAACGUACUCAACGCGCUGCAGGACUGUGCGGACCAGUAAAAGUGUUCAGAAAGCACAAACUCGCCAUUAUUACAUUUGUUAAAGACGAUCAAACGACCUUUAUUUUAUCCAAA